GUGUGCGGCCAUCUUUGCUUUGGGAACCCGCAGCAGCAGUCCGGAGUGGAAGGCUGGUCGAUCGUCGUCGUCGUUGUCGUCACGAGAAAACGAAAGAUUUUCCAGCUCAAACGGAACCGUUUUUCGUCGCGCGGAAGUGUGAAUCUAUGUGCAAUCGGAAGCGCGGCCACGGGCUGUGUGCUCAGCGAAAGCCAUAAUCAAAUUUCGGUCCAAAAGUAUAACACAAUUCGGUGCCGCUUAGUACGCUAACCUAAGUAAUGAUGAAACGAAAUACACAACGUGGAGAGCCUUGACCAUUAAAGUAGUGCGAAACAAGUGCGAUUGUGAUGACGGCGCGCUGAUGAUAAUGGCGAUGAUGGUUGUAAUGCAAGAGUGAAUCGCCGAAUUUUGGAUGUCCAGCGGGAAAGAAAGAGUGGAAAAUUCGAACCGAAAACCCGUUACAUCAAACACAAAUUUCGGAGGCUGUCUACGUUAGGCCACAGAGGCUAAUGCCAAUGCAAGAGGCAGCAGCAGUCGAGUGCAAUCACAAGCAUCGAACCCUCAUACAACAGUAGGGUCGUCGUCAGUGGAACCAGCUGGCCGAUCAUCGUUCCCGAACAGGUUCGUUGUUAAUAAAUCGAGCAGCACAAUGUGGAGCGCCAGUAAUGGCGGUGGCGGAGGGGGAUCUUCCACCACUACCAACAGCACCCAGUCCAAAACCCUUGGAAUGACUUCGGCCAUCAGUUUGGCAGAGCCGAAACCGGAAGACAUUCAAAAGACAACGGAACUGGGAAAAGCGCUCGAGCCGUACAAUGUGUUUGAGGAAGAAUCAGAGCUCAACCAUCGAAUGGAAAUCCUAGCGAAGUUGAACACACUCGUUAAGCAGUGGGUGAGAGAUGUUUCUAUAUCGAAGAACAUGCCAGAAUCGUUAGCCGAGAAGCUGGGUGGGAAAAUUUACACAUUCGGAUCGUAUCGAUUGGGAGUGCACCAUAAAGGAGCGGAUAUUGACGCGUUGUGCGUAGCUCCGCGGAACAUCGAACGAUCAGACUAUUUCGGGUCAUUUUUCGAACUGCUGAAAAAGCAGCCGGAAGUGACCGAGUGCCGGGCCGUAGAGGAGGCGUUUGUACCUGUAAUAAAGAUGAAUUUUGAUGGAAUCGAAAUCGAUUUAUUGUUUGCACGAUUGGCGCUCAAAGAAAUUCCGGACAACUUCGAUCUGCGCGACGAUAAAUUACUGAAGAAUCUAGAUCCAAAGUCGGUUCGAAGCUUGAACGGGUGUCGAGUGACGGACGAAAUACUGCGGCUGGUUCCCAACAUCGACAACUUCCGACUGGCACUACGGGCGAUAAAGUUGUGGGCUAAAAAACAUGGAAUCUACUCAAAUUCUCUGGGAUAUUUUGGUGGUGUGUCGUGGGCCAUGUUGGUCGCGAGAACGUGUCAGUUGUACCCAAAUGCGGUAGCUGCUACAUUGGUGCAUAAGUUUUUCUUAGUAUUUUCCCGCUGGAAGUGGCCACAGCCAGUGCUUCUCAAGCAACCCGACACUGUGAAUCUGGGAUUCCAGGUAUGGGAUCCCCGAGUUAAUGUGCAGGACCGGUUCCAUUUGAUGCCGAUCAUUACGCCGGCCUAUCCACAACAGAAUUCCACAUUCAACGUGUCCAGCUCGACCAGGAAGGUCAUGUUGAAUGAGUUCAACCGCGGGAUGCAAAUCACCGACGAAAUUAUGCUUAGUAAGGCCGGCUGGGACAAGCUCUUCGAGGCGCCGAGUUUCUUCUUCAAGUACCGGCAUUUCAUUGUACUAUUGGUGACCUCGAACAAUGCUGAUGAUCACCUGGAAUGGUGUGGUUUGGUAGAGUCUAAGAUUCGGUAUCUGAUUCUAAACUUGGAACGUAACCAGCAUAUCAAUCUGGCCCAUGUAAAUCCCAAGUGUUUCGAACAACACGAACAGAAUCAAACGGAGCGUACAAGAGACAGCGAUGGUGGCAGGACCACCACGCUGUGUUCUUUGUGGUUUAUCGGAUUGGAGUUCGAACGAUCGGAAAAUUUGAACGUAGAUUUAACGGAGAGCAUACAGAGCUUUACCGAUUCCGUGCACAAACAUGCUGUGCAUAUCAAACUUCUCAAAGACGGUAUGAAAAUUGAAGCGCGCCACGUCCGGCGAAAGCAACUGAGCCAGUAUCUGGAUCCGAACUUGCUCAAACGGGAACGCAAAAAUUCCGACUCGGGUCUUUCGUUAUCCAGUAUAGCGGCGGUUGCUGCAGCCGCCAACACCAGCGGCGGCGGUGGUGGCACCACACUCCGAAAGCGGCAUUCCUCUGAACAUCUUCAGGGGAUAGUCAAUAAGAAAGGAAGGAACGAUUCUUUUGAACAGUCUCCGUCGAACACGUCCUCGCAGUCAUCGUCGUCUUCGUCGCAAUCCUCGCAAGGAGCGGGUUCGUUGUCUGCAGCAAAACUUACCAACACCUCGGUAGCGUCUCUGAACACAACUAACAACAACUCCGUUAGUAGUAACGAGAUCCCUAACAAUAACAGCAGCAAUACUGCCACACCGGACGUCGAUUUCGUCGCAGCGGAACCAUCUACGAACUAUAACCAUACGAACCAUAACGAUAACGUGUCGUCGACCAACGCGACAUUACUGCUGGAUGAUUCAUCAUCCGAAGCAACCAGUGCCGGAGGCACACAAUUACAGACGACCACUGCACAGACUUCGUUGACCACGACGCAAACAGCUAAUCCCGUACCACAACAGCCGCCACAGACCGCUACCGAGGUGGUUUGCUCAUGACAGGCGAAUCCGUUCCGAAAGGUUAACAACUAUCACGUUCACUACAACAACAGUAACAACCUUAGCCACCAGCACCACCAGCAUCAUCUGCAACAGCAGCAGCAUAAUCAGUUCCCGUAUGGUCCGAAUUACAUUAAAGGCAACCAACAGCAUCAACACCAACACCACCACCAUUCUCACCAUCAUCCUCUUCACUAUCCGCAAGGACAGGAGCAUCAUCAUCACCACAGCAGUGACGGCAGCUAUAGCGUUGAUCACGACAAUGGCGUUCCGCACAUGACGAUCGAAGACGCUGAAGAGGCUAACAACGAUGGAAGAGAAGCUGGUGGUCGUGGAAGCUAUUCCAACGGGAACCGUGUACAGUACGCUGAAGUUCAAUCUUCGUAAGAUGAUCUCAACUAUUGCAGCGACAGGAUGGCCUGCUUCUAAGGAUCGACGGGCCGCACACUAUUCAAAUUAGAACAUUUUUAGGCAAAGCUUGCCAUCGGAUGAACGUUUUGAAUAGAGAUUUAAAAAAGUGAAAAGAAUACGUUCGUUUUAAGGUAAGAGUUCUAUACAUACAUAACCAUUAUCAACAAUGAAGAAAAAACGAGAAAAAAAUGGCGUGGGUGGCUAAAAAACAACAUUUAUGAUAACACACAGACACUGAUCAAAUUAUAAGCUAUAUGACAACACACUAUUAAUUUACGAAAAAGUUGAAAACCCUGAAAAUACAUUCUGUAAAUAGUAGUUCAUAAAAUAUCAAACGUAUAAAAACCACAUUUACAUAAAACUUCUAAGAGCAGUCAGGAAUAAGGCGUUAGAUAAAAGCAAGAAAAAAAAUCAAGACUUAUAUAAAUUUUAUUAUUAUUUAUACACACUCACAGCCAAGAAAAGUAAAUCAACAGACAUAUAACAUGCGUUGAUUCGCCUGCACCGAUUCAAUCAUUAGUUAUUCAUUUGGUUUUGCUCAACCACGGCUGAAUUCUCAUUUUUAUAUAAACACGAGAAGAGAGGCAAGUUUUCAUUUCGUUUAGUUUCGUUCAUUUUACUUAUCGUACCAACCGUAUGAAAGCUGUUGUAUUCAUGCGUAGACACUCCACUGGUUCAUACGAUCUUCAGUGCUAGCAGUAAUAGCCCUAGAAACGUGAAACCAGUUCUGGGACAAAGUUGGAACAUUUUAAAAGUGCAAUCAGCAUUACAUAAAUUCAUCCAGGCGAAAUGAGUAGCGAUCAGAAUUUUGAGUUGAUUCUCCGAUAUGACAGCAUAAUAUAGGAAAAGAGGGUUCGAUGUUUAGAUCACUGUUAGUGUGGUAGUUUACGCCCCCAUUCUUAGAAUGCAAUGAAUAACUUGUUCCCCUUGAAAAGUUAGUAAAAGGAUUUUUUGUUCAGAAAAAGGGAAACAUACAUAUUUUAUCUAAAGAAUUUUCUCAGUGUAAAUAAAAUAGCAUUCACGUGAGUGAGGCAGUAGAGAAGUUGAAUAAUUGAGGUGAAAAUGAGAAAACCGAAGAAAAAAAACCGACGGAGGAUAGAAUCCGUGAAGGAUAAUGGAACUUUUUUUUUUAUGAAACUGAACUUAUAUAAUUUACUUAAAAAACAGAAAAUAAACAUCCAGGAAAAAGCAAGCAGAUUUAUACAUUUUUAAAACAUAAUGCUGGGAUUUUAUUUUUAUAAAAUAACAUCCAUUCAAGAAUUUCGAGGGAGUAAUUUGAUGGAAAACAGAAAUUUAACAAUCUUUUUGACAGUUAUGGGAUAUUAGUUUUGACAUUUUUCGGACAUUCAGUCAUCAAAAGAAGAAUAUUUGAUGAAAUAAGAUAGCGAAAAAGCAUUACAUUUAUGAUUAUAGAGAGAAACUUAUGAUCGAACAUAGCGUACAGUGUAAAGUGUAUCAACUUAGUAGAAAGACGUCUCCAAACAAGAACCAUGUGUUUAAACAAGACAUACACGAUGUUUCCGGUGAAGGCUUCGAGUAGGAGGAGCUUGAUGAUGAAAUAAAGAGGAAGUUAAAAGUGAUGAAAAAAGAAAAUGAUAAGCAAAAAAAAAUAAAGGAAUAGCCCCUCUCUAAUCGUCGGGCUGGAAACCGGAAACUCUCGUUCCUAUUUCAAUCAAGGGUAGAAUUCACCAAGUUUCGGUCGGAAAAGAAAGGAAAGAAUAUUAGCUGUGAGUGAGCGCAACGGAGGAUCUUGGGUGAUGGCGAGGUUUUACUUACGUACCAAAACAAACUUGUGUAAGAUUCGAUGUAACUCAAAAACACAUUUUUGGAGAGAGUUUCAAUAAAGGUAUAUUUAUCCCCGUUUCGACGAAGAAAGAAAAAGAAACAA